AUGCAAACCAAUCAUGUUGACUCACAGAAUGCUCACCCAACUUCAGGCAUUGCCGCUUCAGGCCCGGCUUCCAUAGACCCCGACAUCGAGAGCGACUCCGAUCCUUCAGCCCCGGCCAACGGCCAUCGAGAUUCUGUCGGUUCAAUUAUUGACGACCCCUUCUUCCAGACCUACGACCCGGCCGUUCAAGCUGCUGCAGUUUCCGAGGACGAGGACCAAUCUGAUGGCAGUUCGGUCUACCAAUCGCUAGAAGACGAGGACCACGAGCAUCUUUUUCACGACACAAAGGGGCACAACUUCGGCAAAGCGGCCAAGCAAGCCAAGCGCAAAAGCGGCGGCGGAAAGAAAGUGAAGCCCGACAGCGAUGAUAACGAACCAAGCCAAUACUGGCCGCCUCCACGACGAGAAUCUUUGACCGCUACACCCUCUUCGUACUGGUCCCAAGCACCACCGACUAUGGAAAGUUUCAACAUUGCCGUCAUCGGUUCUACCGGCGUUGGCAAAUCUUCCUUUGUCCAGCGGGUCUUAGGCCUGUCUCGCCCACCCAUCUCGAAUGCUUCCAGCGUCCGCAUGCUGGUCGACAACAACUCUCACGCCGUAACUCUACUCGAGCUGGACCUGGAGUAUUUCGAAUUGAACCCUACGCAGCCCAUCCAGUGGCCAAAACAGAUCAAUGGGCAUAUCGUCCCCCGCGUCGAUGCUGCUCUUAUAUUAUAUGAUGUCACCAAUCAUGAAUCCGUGCGUGAACUACCUCAGACUUUGGCGGCUCUCACGAACUCUGGUUUACCCGCUAGUCUGGUGGCUUGCAAAUGUGAAACCCCUGAAGCUGAAUGGCAGGUCAAUGCCGAAGCCAUUGCGAAUCAUCAACUCUUUAAAUCUUGUGUUUCAACCUACAAAAUCUCCUCAAAUGACGUUGAUGUUGCCAAAACGUGCCUCCACACCAUCUUGAGGGCCGCAAUAGCCCAUAGAAGAGAAGAAAAUGGUGAAACGUUCUCGCGCAGGCGAGCGCAGUCUGCUGCCAAUUUGGAAGCUCCCGACGUAGGCACCGGGCGCCCCAUUAGCCAACAUAGCAAACAUAGCCGAGCAAGCUCCGAUUUCUCUUUACUCAAGGGUUUCUCCAAUCCACCAAUCCACGAAAACUACCGGGCGCAAUCGUCUCGCAGCCCCAGGCAGGGUCAUACAGCCAGCUCGAAUCCCGAGGCAGGAGAACUGGGCCAAGCGCAAACACUCAAUAACAUGUUGAGGACUCCUGGCAUUCGACUCGACAGACCCAGUACCGAUUCGUUCUUGGAUGUGGAUGAGUCUGAUGCAGAAUCCUACCGAUACUCAGAUGAUAUCCCGAUACUUCAAAGAAAUGACGAUAACACGCUGGAUAAGCAAGCGAAGAUGGCAGGCGUAACAUUCGAUGAGCUAGUUGAUCGGCUUCUUGCUCCUCGCUUAACAAGAAUCGACAACAACUUCUCUGAUGUUUUUCUCUGUCUUUAUCGCAAGUUUGCAGCUCCUGGUGAGCUAUUUACUGCCAUUUUAACCCGACUGGAUAAAGUGAGAGACGAUAAGACAGCGCAUUACCUUUCCAAGACAGCCACACAGCUCCGAAUUAUUGAGGUGGUCGCCAAAUGGGUAUCACUUUACCCCGGCGACUUCGCCCGUCCUCAAACUAGACGAAACCUGGAGGAGUUUAUCAGGCAUCUGAGUACAGAGCCGAUUUUCUCAAUCGCAGCGCAACAUAUGCGACGACACCUCCAAUUCAAUGUCGUGGAAGACGACGAUACAGGUUGGGCAAACUCGGACGAGACUAGCGAUAAGCUCGCAAGUGAGAUCUUGUCAAAGGACAUGAACGAGCUGUCGUCGGGUGUGAGUGUGUUGACUGUGGAGUCGGACUUGGACGUAAGACCAUCUGGAAGCUCAGAGGUCUCUCUUGCGGACAGAAGCAGCAGUGUCUCGAGCCAGGUGCAUUUCCAUACAUUUGAGGACUACGAAAGAGCCGCGAGCAACCUGGAACCUACGGACAACUUACCUAUGAACAAAUUCCGUUACCAUAUAUUCAUGGACAUCCCCGACGAUGAUGUUGCGGACGAGCUGACGAGAAUUGAUUGGAUCAUGUUUUCCUCAAUUCGAAUACGCGAUUUCGUUCGACAUGUCAGCCUAUCUGCGUCCCAAAAGGAGCGUUGCAAGAGUUUACGGAAUGUGAAUCGAAUGAUCAACCAUUUCAAUCAUGUUGCCAAAUGGGUUGCCAACAUGAUUCUGUUGCGGGACAAAGCCAAGCAUCGAGCGCUAAUAUUAGAGAAGUUCAUGAAUAUUUCACUGAAGCUGCGGCAACUCAACAACUACAAUGGGUUGGCGGCCAUACUAGCAGGUGUGAACGGAACGGCCAUUCAUCGAUUAAAUCAGACGAGAACACUAGUACCAGCAGAAGUCCAAAAGCGGUUUGCGCGGUUGGGCAUAUUGAUGGGAACCCAGAAGAGUCAUUUCGCCUACCGUCUAGCCUGGGAAAAUUCUUCCCUCCCCCGGAUUCCUUUCAUUCCCCUUCAUCGAAGAGAUUUGGUGUCAGCAGAGGAGGGAAGCAGAACAUUCGUUGGUACGGAUGGAGAUCGCAUCAAUUGGAAGAAGUUUGAGGUUCUGGGAGAGGUCCUGUUACCAAUCAUGAAGAGCCAGAGCACAUCAUACCCAAAUCUAACCAAGCACGACACUGCAAGAGAACUGAUUCUGGGUUGUCGCAUGCCAACGGAUGAAGAGGAUAUUUAUCAGCGAAGUGUGCAAGUCGAAAGUGGCUCAGGGAAUUUCGCUGAGCCGCCUAAGAAGAAGUUCCCAUGGUUUGCAAAGUAA